AUCUUUCUCGGGUGUUGUGUAACAGACUUCACAUCGACACCUUGAAAAACCUCGGCCUUUACGCAAUAAGCGGUUGUGCACGAGUUGCAGUACUUUUCGUUAGUUUAUCGAGAAAUUUUCGCGGUUUUCGACGAAAAUGUUGCGUCUUGUAGCAGGCAGAAUGAUCAGUGCCUCGAGGAAGACAAUCCAACCGGGAGUCCUGGCCGUCAGGCCUUCGUCUCACGGACCCCAAUUGUCAGACGAGGAACUCGAUGCAUCUUACAUCAAAUUCUUCGAUCGGAAGGACAUCGACCACUGGGAAAUUCGUAGUGCCAUGAACCGCCUUGCUGGUCUCGACAUGGUUCCUGACCCAACCAUCAUCUGCUCUGCCUUGAGAGCCUGCAGACGUUUGAAUGAUUUUGCUCUUGCCGUCAGAUUUCUCGAAUCAGUAAAAUGCAAAUGUGGAAAUGACGUUGGCAAAAUCUAUCCCUACGUCCUCCAAGAGAUCCGACCCACCCUGGACGAAUUGGGCAUUAACACCCCGGAAGAGUUGGGCUACGACAAGCCAGAACUAGCUCUUCAGAAUGUCUAUGACAUUCACUAAUUCUAGAACAUUCAGUUUCUCACUAGUCCAAGUCAACUAGAAAAUAUUUCUUGAAACUCUUCAUUAAAAUUAAAUUGGCAUUGAGCUCGUCGUACAAAAGAAGUUACUAAUAAAUUACU